AUGCAUGUGUUUGUUGUGGACGAGGAUACUGGAUUGGUGUUUGUCCAAGGAAAGCUAGACCGAGAGGAGAGGGAGACGUAUAUUCUGACAGGAGUGGCCAAGUUUAAUGACGGCAGAGUGGCUGAAGGCAGAAUAGACCUGAGGUUUGAUGUGGAGGAUGAGAACGAUAAUCCACCUGUUUUUGUCUCCAUGCCUGCAGCCACAGUCAAUGAGUCCAGUUCAGCAGGGACUUUAGUUGGCCAGGUUAUAGUCACUGAUGCAGACAAGGCAGGCUCUCUCCAUUCAAAGAUUGCCUACAGCCUUGUGAAGCAGGAGCCCUUUAAUGGCAAAGACUGUUUCUACAUAGACAGAAACACCGGGAACGUCUAUGUGAAAGAAAACACCUUGGACAGAGAGACACAAAGCUUAUACACACUGACAGUUGCAGCAAGUGAUAUGGAUGGAGCUCCUGGAGGAUACACGAGCACCGGUACAAUUGAUGUCAAAGUAGUGGACAUCAAUGAUAACAAACCAGUGCUGGAGAAAGACGAGUAUUCAGGCAGCAUCAUGGAGAACACGGCUAAAGUGGAAGUCAUGAGGUUCAAGGCGCUGGAUGAUGACGAGGAGAAAACGGAUAACUGGGAGGCUGUUUUUGAUAUCAUCAGUGGAAAUGAGGAUGGCACGUUCAGCAUAGAGACUGAUCCCAAAACCAACGAGGGUGUGCUGAUGCUGGAAAAGCCUGUCGAUUUUGAAGAAAAUCCAGAUAUCAAGCUUGGAGUGGUCGUGUCCAAUGUAGCUCCGGAUUUGGGAGAUGGAGGCGGCGAUGGUGGUCUUGGAGAGGGAGAAGGAGAAGGGGAUGGGGAUGGUGGUGGGGAUGGGGAUGGGGGAGGAGAUGGAGAUGGGGAUGGUGGUGGGGAUGGGGAUGGGGGAGGAGAUGGAGAUGGGGGGGGAGAAGGAGACGGGGAUGGGGGAGGAGGUGGAGCUGGAGGUGGGGCUGGAGGAGGAGAUGGUGGAGGAAACACAGAUAUAGGAGCAGGAGCAGAUGUUGGUGUCUCAGUUGGUGCUGGUGCUGGAGCUGGGGCAAAUGCUGGUGUCAGCCCUGGAGCUGGUGGUUCAGCUAAAAAGAAGAAGAAGAGGAAGAAGAAGAAGAAGCCAAGAGGAGGCAAAGUUUACCCGGUGAACAUCGCAGUGCUGAAUGAACCUGAGGGGGUCGCCUUUAAACCCCUCGUGAUGCCUGUCUCUGUAUCAGAGGACCCAGAGGAAAGUCCGGUAAUGGAGGUGAUCUCUGUUUUCACGGCCACCGACACUGACACUGGACAAGCUGCAGAUAAUAUUCGAUAUGCUAAAGGCCAUGAUCCUGACAACCUGCUGCUGAUCGACCCAGAGACAGCAGAGAUUCGACUUCUAAAGACUCCGGACAGAGAGUCCCCGUCCUUGGUUAAUGGAACUUACUAUGCUAAAAUACUGGGCAUAACUCAAGACAUGCCUGCAAAGAUGGUCACAGGUACAAUAGCACUGCAGGUGGGAGAUGCAAAUGAUAACUGCCCCUCACUGGCCAACAAUGUGGAGUACAUCUGCUCUGACACAGAGGUCGUUAAUGUCACGGCGAUAGAUGAAGAUGGAGAUCCAAACUCAUCUCCUUUCAGCUUCAGCCUUGUGGAGGAGGACAGUCAGGGGGAGUGGAGGGUUGAGCCUCUAAAUGCCACCAGUGCAUCCCUCAGGGUGUUGAAACCACUGUGGCCUGGUCGCCACCAGGUUGCCUUCAUGAUCCAGGACCAGCAGGGCCUUGCCUGCCCAGAUCUCCAAAAUCUGGAAAUUUAUGUGUGCAGAUGUGAGACAGGAAAGACCUGCAAAGCUGAAGGUUCAGUUGCUGGAGCUAAAUAUCUCAAGGACUCCUCUUCUGCAUUUGGAGGACUGGGAGUGGGGAUGCUGAUCUUGGGACUUCUGACACUGCUUAUCGUAGCUCUGUUCUUGAUGACUUGCUCAUGUGGAACGUCAGGAAGCUUCUCUGAGCUUCCCUUCGAUACCCGAGAACACUUGAUCGUCUAUCAUACAGAGGGCAGAGGAGAGGACAAGGAAGUGCCUCUGCUCAGCUCACCAGUCAAGGCAGCACCUGCUGCUGUGUCUGCUGUAAAGGUCAACAACGUGGCCUCAAGCCCCAAAGAAAACACAACCUCCUUCAUGACUCUCACCAUGGGCAGUGCCAACAACACUUACAAGUCCGGCUGUGAAGCCAACCUCGGGAUCCAGCACAGCGGUUAUGGAGAAUCCCGGAAGAGCUGGAGAGAAACCAGGGAGAGCCAGAGGGAGGUCUAUUCAACGACAGAACAGCUCCUGAGGCAUGACAGCACGGAUGACAUCGCCCUCCCUGAUGUGCUCUUACAUGAUUACUAUUCACAGAAGGCGAGCUGUGCAGCAGGAAUGAGUGCAGCGUGGGAUUGUCUGCUGGAGCAUGAUUUCGAGGGCCUUGGCUCCCCUGCCGGCUCGGUGGGCUGCUGCAGCCUGGUAGAAUCCGAUGAUGACCUUCAGUUCCUCAAUGACCUCGGGCCAAAAUUCAAGAAACUGGCUGACAUCUGUUCUCCUCCUAAACCUCCGACACUACCAAAAAGUGUCACCAUGCCACAGUCAAGUAAAGUUGACAUCAUCGCUGAGUCUUGUGUGGAGGCCAAACCAGAACAAAACCAAGAUGUCAGCAUGGGCUUGUCAUCCAGCAGUGCAAUGGGCUCUAGUAGAGCCUCCUCCAGCCACAUGCUGAGACAAAAAUCCACCAGCCUCAUGGGCUUGAAUGAAGCAGCUUCCACUAUGCAUAGGCAGAGCACACGCCUCAGCAGCAUGUUACAGUUGCCUCAUGUCAGUACUGUUAACGAAGCCAUGCUGCCCUCUUCUGGCCACAUGCUUCUAGUAGAGGAGCAGCCUGUCUUCUACACCACUCCUAUGUUGCAGCCAAUGCACUACGUUGUCCAACCCCAGCUCCAGAGUCCUGUGCUGCUAGCUGAAGCUCCUCUCAACAACAUGCAGGGCAUGAUUCUGCUUAGCAGGAGUCAUGGGAACAUUGGACCCAUCCUUCACAGGAGAAACACUGCUGGGACUCUAACUUUGGGUAGAACAAGAAUGAACACAGUGAUAGAUGGGAGCCAGGGAGUCGGCAUGUGGCCAUGGUCUGACGGCCCAGGAGAGGUGAUGAGUGUCAGAGGGAGUGGUCGAAGGAUCAGGUCAGAAGGCGGGGCUGGGACACUGCAGGGCUAUAUGGGGACACAGAUUAAUGGAAACUUGAGUGUUGGAGAAGUAGGGUCUGAAGAGGAGCAGGUAGUGUUCACGCAGAGAGGGGGCAAGAGAAGAACUAAGUCCACGGCAUCAGAAGCAUUCAAAUAUACGAUGAAAUCAUGAGCACCUCCAGGCCAAGUAACUUGAAAUAUUCCUUCAAAAACGACAAAGCAACUGUUUU